GGCAUAUUACUAUGGAUGAUUUGAUCUGACAAUCGUUUGACUUCUGAAUGCUUGACACUGUUCAUAGCUGGAACUGCAUUUGGCGAGUUGGAUAUCUGUUUACAGUAAUUCAGUGUUUUAGAAGACAUUAGUUAUGUCUUGGGAUGAGUAGUAGAGCUCCAUCAGCACCUUUUUUGUAUCACUUGGUGAGAAAGGUUUUUAGGUUUGCCUCACAACUAAAUUCUCCGAGCUCAAAAUCAAGUACUGAAAAAGGGAGUUGUAGAUGAGCAGGCAAAUUCUGCUGCUCUUAAGGAACAGUUGAAGAUGAAAGAACAGUCCUUAAGGAAGCUGCAGCAAGAAAUGGACAGUUUAACAUUCCGAAACCAGCAGCUAGCGAAAAGGGUAGAGUUACUUCAGGAGGAGUUGACAGCUAUGGAAGCUAAAGGCAAGAAGAACAAGGACUUCCCUGAAAGCAAGAUUUUGGUAGCCCAUAAAAGCAGUGAUUCCCCUCCUCAGCUGAGACAGGAUCAGCAGAAUGUUUUUGAUGAAGACCUUCAAAAGAAGAUAGAAGAGAAUGAGCGGCUGCACAUGCAAUUUUUUGAAGCAGAUGAGCAACACAAGCAAAUUGAAACAGAAUUGAGAAAAAGGCUGGCAGUUUUGGAAAGAGAGACAUCAGAGCAUCAAGCAGUGGUAAAUAGUCUGACACAGAAGUAUACCGAAACAGUAGAAAAGCUACAGAAUGACAAGGCAAAGUUAGAGGUAAAAUCACAGGCACUUGAACGAGAAGCUAAGGACUGCAGACUUCGGACAGAAGAAUGCCAGGAGCAGCUGAAAACAUUGCAUACUGAUUUAAGCUCAAAAUUGGCCGACUGUACAGGCAUUAUUCAAGAAAAGAUUCCUUUUAAUGACACAAAAUGCUGCCAUUUAAGUGGUCUGAAUGUUCUUCCUCACAACAGAAGACGUCAACUGAAGGCACGUGACAUUGCUGGACAGGCACUUGCUUUCCUUCAAGACCUUGUUGCAAGUCUCUUAAAUUUUCAUACAUACAUGGAGCAGAGAGUACAGAUAUUUCCCAUUGAUUCCGCUAUUGACACAAUUUCACCUCUUAACCAGAAGUUUUCACAGCAUCUUCAUGAAAAUGCAGUGUAUGUUCGCCCACUUGAGGAAGGAAUGAUUCACUUAUUUGAGAGUAUAACUGAAGACACUGUGACUAUAUUGGAAACUGCUGUGCAAUUGAAAGAAUUUUCAGAUCACCUGACCUCCUAUACAUGUUUCUUAAAUAAGAUCCUUCCUUACCAGCUAAAAAGUUUGGAAGAGGAGUGCGAGUCCUCUACUUGCACAUCAGCCUUAAUGUCCAAAAACAUGGAACUGCACAAAGAUUUCAAGCAGAUGACAGUCAUGUUCAAAAAAGUGCAAACGUACAUCAGCCUUCUAGCUUUACCAAGUACAAGGCCUGAAGUACUACCUCCAUCAAAUUUCAGUGCAGUAUUUACACAGCUUGCUGCUGCUUUUCAUGGUCUCCAUGAUGUCAUGAAAGAUUUGUCAAAGCAUUACAGCCAGAAGUCCACCCUGGAACAGGAACUUCCUACUGCUACAGAAAAAUUGAGGACUACUAAUGAGUGUAUUUUGUCUUCUGUCGUGGCAUUAACAAGUGUUACAGGAAAGAUAGCAACGUACUUCAGCAACAACUUGGACUUCUUCACAGCUUCUGCAAGCUCAGGAACAAAAGAAGGAGUUAGAGCUUUGAAUCCUUUAACAGCUGAAUGUAUGUUGCAGUACAAGAAGAAAGCAGCUUCCUUUGUAAAGAGUUUGAAAAAGCCUUGCCCUGAAUCAGUUCCUUACAAAGAAGCUUUGGCUAAUCGUAGAAUUCUUUUGAGUUCAACAGAGAGUCGGGAAGGUCUUGCACAACAGGUCCUCCAGAGUCAAGAAAAGAUAACAAAACUUGAACAGGAGAAAGAACAUUGGAUGCUGGAGGCUCAACUGGCCAAAAUUAAGUUGGAAAAAGAAAAUCAAAGGAUUGCUGAUCUGGAGAGCCAGUUACAAGGUGCCCUCAGUGGACAGACAGUCCUAUCUGAUGUAACACUAGAACUUAUCCCUUCAGGUAGCAAAACUGUGGACAGAAGGGAAGAUCCAGCAACAGGAGAAUUAAGGGAUACAGUGAGGAGUGCAAGUCUGAUUGGAAUGGUGACCUUCAGUAAUGCAGAGACUAGUGAUGAGUCACUUGAAGGCUUGAUUAAGAAUCAUUACAUGGGAAGAAUAGCAGAACUUACAACCCAGCUUCAGAUUGCAGAUAGCAAGUCUGUACAUUUUUAUGCAGAGUGUCGAGCACUUGUAAAGAGACUAAAUUUGGCAGAAAAAUCAAGGGAAGUUUUGACAGAAAACCUGAAACUGGCUAAUCAAAAUAUCAGUAGAUUACAGGAUGAACUGUCCACAACUAAACGAAGUUAUGAAGAUCAACUGAGUAUGAUGAGUGACCACCUAUGCAGUAUGAAUGAGACAUUAUCUAAACAAAAGGAAGAAAUAGAUACCCUCAAAAUGAGUGCAAAGGGAACUGUCAAGAAGAACAAAAGUCGAUAGAUGUGUAAGAAUGUAUAUUGUAGGAAAAAGGGAACCAGAGCACUCCAAGUGAUGACAGAGCUGUCUGUUAUCAGAAAUUAAAAUUCCAGACGCCAUGUUUAUUAUGUACAAAAUUAAUGAAUCGUGAAGAAAUUAUUCCAAACUUAAUCAAUUGUUAUUUAAAAGUGUAUAAAGUACUCAUCAGGACACUGAAAAUGAUGUAUAAAACAGUCACCUGGAAAAUGUUAAUGUAUUGUACUUUUUUUUAGAUUUAUUAAUGAUGUCCAAUACUUUUUAACUAUUUAACAGAACAUUUAUAUAACCCAGCUGUUAUGUUCAGACAUGUAUUUCUGAUUAAAACACUUUUCCUAAAGCA